AUGAAAACAAGUCAUUCAAUGUUAAAUAAACCAAUAGUAUUUGAGGAACUCCCAAGUAGAUUAUCUUCUAAAUCUAGUGUAUUUUAUAUUGAUAAUUUACAUCACUCGAAUUAUCGUCAGUUACAAUGGAAUAUACCUAUAACACAUGUUAAAAUUCAACUAGAAUUAGGCUUCCCUUCUAAAUUUGAUCAGUAUAAAAAACAUUGCGCUGAAUACGUUGAUAAACGAACAUAUCAAGUUCAAGUGGAAAAUCACUUUCGUAAUGUUAAUUCAAAACAUUUUUGUCAUGAUAAAGAAUACCUCCUUGUAUAUGAUAUCUCUGCUGCUAAAAGACGUGAUAAGCGACGUGAAAAAUUAUUUGGACACACAUACUACUGUUUCAAUCAUCCAACGCAUUAUAAACAAGCAAAAUUAUUGUUAGCUAAAGAAAUUGAAAAGCAUGCUGACUAUUUGACUGAUAAACAAGAAUUAAAAUCGGAUAAGUAUGAUAGACGUAGUAAGAUUGGUGACGAUGGACAGUAUAAGAUGAAUCACAUUUCACAAAGAACAAGAUACUUAACUUACAAUUCUGAUGAAUAUGUUGAUUUGCUGACACAUAAAGUACUUCAUAUAGAAGUACCAAAGAUUACACCACCACAGUUUCCAAUAAAAACAUUUGUAGACGCAGAAAAUAAAACGCCUAUACCAUUAACCACUCAGUCUGUCAAGUCCUUAUACAAUCAGGCUGUUAACAUUAUGAAUAAUAUUAUUCAAACUCCAGUUGAUAGAAGAGAUCAGUACUCAAGAAAACGAAUGCUACCUUAUGUGUACCCCCCAAAUGAAUUGGUGUACUUUGGUAGAAUUACUGAUCAUGAUACCGCCAAAGGAUUUAGUGUAUCUAGUGAUGAUGACACAACAUUAUCAGCGAGUUUACAAGAUACCACAUGAAUAACAGUUUUUCUCACUGAAUCUUCGUUGAUACAAUGUGAAGUUCACAACUCAUUUAGAUUUUUCAUUCCUUUUCUUUUACUAUGUGAUUCUGUUUCCCGUAUUGUCUUUGUUUAUUUUUUCGCUAGGUCACCUUUAUCUCUCACAAAACUGUAAAAUGACCUGAAAUAUUCGCUUCAGAUGAAUUCAUGACAGGAAGCUAUGUACAGAAUAAGUCAAGUAAAUCGACACAGAUACGCUGAAAAUUUCUGUGUAACUUUUACGCAUAAAAACAUACAAAUGCGUGUAUUUUUAGUAAUGGCAUACAUUACCUAAUAAAAUUUGUA